AAGCCAGAAGAGUUCCUCUUUUCAAAGAGAAAGCUGGUGGAGAAUAGCAUUAACAAAUACUCCUAUACCUGGCACUUAUCACUUGAAAACUUUUAUUGAAGAAUCCCUAUUAAAUCCAGUGGCAGCAACCUACAAUUUUAAAAAUGAAGGAAGGAAAAAGCCACCUCUUGUGCAAAGAAACAAUCCAGUCUUAAAUGAUCUUCCACUGUACAUGCCUCCUGACUUCCUGGACCUGUUAAAGAAGCAAUCGGCCAGUUACUCCUUCAAAGACAAGCCCCGGCCCAGCCCCAGCACAUUAGUUUACAAAGAUAAGUCACUCCACCUUUACCCAGGGCAAUACGAGAUUCUUCCUACACCAGUUCCCAAGUACGCUUCCAGGAGCUUUGUAUUCCGUUCUACAGUUCAAAGAUUCCCAACAAUCUACUUUACUCCUCGUGAAGGCCCAGGACCAGGUCACUAUAAUGUAAAAAUACCUUCACCAAGUUCCAUUACUUCUUGUUUUCAAUCCAGAGUACCCCGGUUCAAGCCCAGCUAUUCAAAAACCCCAGGCCCAGGAGCCUACGUAUCUUCCAGACAGUUCCCUAAGCAGAACCCAACCAUAGCCAAGAUGGGCCGAGAACACAGCCUUUUCUUCAAUAACACGAUUGGCUAUUAAAAUAAAGUGAUAUUGGUGCCAA